UGGAGCCAGAAUAAAUAGGCGGGGAGAAGUGCCGGACGUCACCUUUCAUGUGGUGCCUGGGGCCAAACCACCGAGGCUUUCACGUGAAGCGGUCUUGCGACAGGCACCGGCGCUUUUUGGCCGUUUCUGCUGUAGGAACAACGCCUUCCUAGUGCUUGGACGCUGUGCAAUCCACCAAUCUGUGCUCCGAGCUAGAUUACUUUCCCCAUACUUGUCCUUCUUGGGUUCUUGGGGAAGUUGGUUGGCGUCGAACAUGGUUCUUGGCGCUCGAUCUAUUCGACACGGAGAGAGGAAGACUGUGGAGAGGGAGUUCCGCGCUGUCCGAGAUGGGGCAGAUGAUACAUUCUUUUGUAAUAAUCUCACACUGACUCUGCAUUGCAGCCCAUGUGAUUAUCGGCUUGUGUGAUGACGGAUUCAGGUACGACGCCGUUCAUCGAGAUCAUGUAUGACAAGUGGUGCCUCAGGCGCCACAUCCGAUGAUGCUGAGUCAGCCUUCCUCCUUCUGAACAAACACAACAAACAAGCCAAACAUCCCAAGUAUAUCGGAUCAACAACCUCCUGACCUUCUUCUCUCUCCAUUGCCCUCUCCCACCCUCACAAUGGCCUUCAACAAGAAAUACGCGGGUCUUCCUGAUCUCGUACGUCCUGUGCUCUUUUAUACAUUUGCUGUGUUCCACGAAUUAAUUGUGCAUUAGGAUCUCGCGCCCGAUAUUUACGAAACCCCCGAUCUCACCGACGAAGCUUCCACCGUCCCGACAACCACUAUCCGCACUGCCUCGAACCUCGAUGACGAUGCCGGCUCUAACUCCGACAUUGACCGACAAGGCGUGGACGCCGACGCGGCGCGCGCCCAUUUCCUCGGUGCGACGGUCGACGCCCGCGAAGUGAACUUCUCCGACAGCAUCGACACCAAGCGCAAAGCGUACCGGAGCAAGAGCCGACGGAGGCGGAGGAACGAGAACGGACUAGAAGAGGUCGGCGACCUGAGUGACAGCGAAGACGAAAGUCUAGACAGGAAGCUGGCUCGGCUGCGACGAGAAGUCGAAGAGCUCAAGGAUGAGAUGGCGGCGAGGGAAGACGCUACUGAACCGCAAGACUCCGCCGCUGGUCACGACAAGGAGCCGCUCGGCGACGGCGUCCUGGAACUCAGUCGCGCGCUAGAUAGUCUCUAUGCAUCCUCCCGCGGCCCCGGUGGUGUCGGCGUCCCGCACUCUGCCGCCGCAGCGUUAUCCAAGAAACUUGACGCCGACUCUGCUACUACGCACUCCACUGCCCCUGCGAUGACGGCUGGCCCCGACACCCAACAAACCCUUCCUACUCCUUCCUCUGACCAGACCUUCCCCAACGUGGGCGUCCUCUCCCACGCCGCCGCCUUCGACAGCCGUCUCGCGCUCAUCGAAUCCGCCAUGGGCAUCUCCAGCUCCUCCAACCCGUUCGUCUCCGACGGCAUCUCCGAACCCCCCUUGCAACCCGUCCUCCCGGCGCUCGACCACAUCACCUCGCGGCUUGCCACCCUCAUGAACCUCCUCGUCGGGCCGGCCCCGGCGUCCGCCGUUCCCACCACCUCCGCCGGCCACCUGCCGCCAUCGACGACCGUCUCGACGCCGCACCUCGAAACACUAUCCACCCGCGUGCGCCGCCUCACCGCCGACACCGAGGCUCUCGCCGCCGCGCGCAAACGCGCCCUCGACGCCGCCAAAGCGGCCCAGAACGCCCGCAUCGCGGCCGCGGCCCUCGAGCCGUCCGACGUCUCGGUGUCGUCCUCCUCCGCCACGGAAACCGAUCCGGCGGCCACACAGCGCGACGAACAAGCCACCAAGAUCCAGGCCCUAUAUGCCACGCUCCCGACCAUCCAGUCUCUGCACCCGAUCCUGCCCAGCGUGCUGGAGCGGUUGCGCUCGCUGCGUGCCAUCCACGCCGGGGCGGCGCAGGCGUCUGAGUCCCUGGACGAGUUGGAACGACGACAGGCCGACAUGGCAAGGGAGAUUGAGCAGUGGCGUGAGGGACUUCGCGUGGUGGAGGAGAAGAUGGGGCAGGGCGAGGCGGCGCUGAAGAGUAAUGUGGAGUUGGUGGAGCCGUGGGUGAAGGAUUUGGAGGGCAGGUUGGAGAGAUUGGAUACAGCUUGUGGUGUUUAAUACCCUGUUUUCUUUUGAUUUCUUGUGGAUAUUGUUGGUGGUGUGUCGAUGUGUGUGUAUACUUCUGGUUGAGCAGUAGCAUUUAUUUACGUCAGUCAAGGAUGGAUUGGCACAGGUAUACCAGCUUCAAGAACGUUCCAGUAGUUUGAAUAUUUCACCUUGGAUCUACUACCUUCGACCAGACCUGGGUAUAUGUCAUUGAAAGGCCAUUCAGACAUCCAAACAUCCCCUUGUUCAACAAGACAUACCUACCCAACUAUAUAAUAACCCAUUAUUCCAACCAAACAACACAAAGGCAUUAAUACAAACAGCCCAUAAGCAAACAACUCAAGAUAAUCCCUUCAUUAGAUAAUCUCUCAACACAAUCCAUUUAGAAUCAAUCACUUCA